AGUGAAGGUCAGAGUUCAUCUGGUAAAUUAAAGCGCUUGAGAGAAAACAUCUAAGGUUGGGAAGUAAUUGAUUGAAUACUCGUAUAAACUAUUUAUAUGGCUCAAAUUAGUGUUAAUGGGAUCAAAGCAGUAAGUGAUAAUGGAAAUCAAUCUACUGACGAUGAUGUUAUCCCCACAAGCAUCUUCCAUUGGAAGUGUUAUGAAGGUUACCUCAGGACAUUUCCUGCAAUGAUUAAGUUAUGCGAACUAUUGUGUAUCUUCAUAGCGUUUAUCAUCAGUUUCUUGGAUAAGAAUUUCCUAUCAGUUGGUGGUUCAUGGCUGACAGUAACAACUGCAUUAUCAUUCAUUGUCACCGCAUUCUUCCUUGUCUUCCAUCUCUUUCUUCUGCAUCGUUUUAUUGCGGCUCCUUGGUGUCUAGUCGAACUUGCUGCCUAUGUUAUCGUAUGCAUACUUGUGUUUUCAAAUGGAGUACUGUCUGCAGCAUAUUCUCAUUUAAGUGGUAUUAUAAUAGCAGAAACGAUUUUCACCUUCAUGGCUCUCGCUAUUUAUACAGUCGACAGUUUAGUUGCUUUCAAAAUUUUUACAGCUGGGCGCUAUUACGAUUAAAGUGUCCUAUUUCAUGAUUAAGUAUUCUAUUGUUUGCUUGUAAUUUCAGACAGUCCUUAAUGCAAUUCUUAAGAUGUCCUUCUUCGCUAACUUACCACUUCAUAUUAAAAAAUUUUAAGAUUUCAAAUUACGAUGUAACAUUCAAGAAACCUGACUUCAGUAUUCUUGAACUAUUUUUACCACAUAACUACAAAAUAGAUCUGACCCUGUUUGGCAUAAUAAUAUCAAGCAAGAAACCUACACACUGACUUACACAGAGGUUUUGUUCUGUGUUUGCCUUAACUUAGUUAACAUCGUUCUAAGCUUAUCAAUACAGUAUUUAAAUUAUUCCUGUCACUAAAGAUUUCCCGGAAGCACAUAACAAAAGACAA